AUGUCUAAAAAACAGAAGCACGCUCAAAAAUAACCCAAAAAAGUUCUUUCUCAAGACAUAAACGAGAGUGAUCAAACUCAUUACUUCGGUCUGCUUGGAGAUGAUUACAAUGUACCGCUAAUUUUCCAUUAUAUUAGAAUAAUGACAAUGUUAAAGUAGCCUAGAAAAUACUCGGAGAUUACAAAGCCCUGUUGGAGUAUCCCCCCAGUAAAUUUUGGGCCACUAUCUCCUACAACCUAAACCUCCAAAAUUCCUUAGACCUAUUUUUGAGAUAUGCACCAAGAAAACACUUUUUAAAGGAACCAUUACAUUUCACAGGAUAUUAUGGAGUACUAAUCAAAGAGAUUUUCAAAUGUGUCUUGGCAAUCUAUCUUCGAUUAAUUGAUUUACAAAAUGAAGACCCAAUUCUUUUUGAACAAAUUGGUGUCUAUGAUCUUGUCUACUAAAAAUGGAUCUUUGAUGUCAUGAAAUUGACUGAUAUUUGCACAAUAUACGCUGAUCAAAAUGAAAGUAAUAUUCAUUGUCCUAUAAAUGUAGAUGCUGUUAAGAAAAUAUGUUUUUUUGUUUUCUAUUACCAAGCAUAUUAGGAUGAUUACAAAUCUACCAUAGAAUCCUUUAUGAAAAAUGUCCUGGGGAAAAUCUACGAGGAAAUAUUCUAAAUAAAUAAUAAAUCAGCCAAUGAGAGCGAAAUCAUUAUUAGUGACGUUGAAUAAAAAAUGGAAUUACUCACCUUAACCUUAGAUUCCAUUGAGACACUUAUUAUUUGGGCAAAAUAUUUCCCAUAAAAACAAUAUCUUUUUAAACCAGAGGUCGUUUAAUGUUUAGAAUAAGUCUUUUAUGAAUUGAUUCUGGCUAAAGGGUAUAACAGAGGCACAACAUAAAUCUCAGGUGUUUGGAAACCUUAGUUUUUAUAAAAUUUACAUCACUUCCUUAAACUAGCUUUGUAAAGAGUUAUAGAUUUCUUUGUCAUUUAUAUGAAAUACCUGGAAGAGUUGAUUGUGACCAAACAGAUUAAGUAAUCCCAAGAACAUAUGAAUUAUUUGAUUUAGAAUUUCGGCAUUAUGAAAAGGAAAUUUAAAUCCAAAAAAGGAGGUUCAAAUCAAAAUAAAGAAUGGAUUCUAUUCGAAGCUCUUUAUGAAAAUGGGUUCAACAUGAUUGAAUUGCUAAUGAACACCCCUUGGAAUUAGAUUAAUCUACCUAAGGAGGAAAUUGAAGAGGUAACCCUUCUAAUGACAACAGUAAUGGAGGAGAGAGAGAGACUCAAGGGCAAAGCUAAUAAUAAUGAACCAGAGAAUUUGGAGGCUUUUGAAAACUUUGAUCCUGCGUAAUCUACUCUGCCCCUUGAUCUCAUAGAGGCCUAAGAGAAAUAGGAGGCUGAAGAACAAGAAUAAGACGUCUAGGAAGAAGAGGAUGAGCCAGUUCAAUCGGAAGAAAAAUUAGUUGAGAUAGUAUCAAAAAAGAAAUAAAAACUGACAUUUGAUUAACCAUUAAAGGAUAGGAUAGAAAUGGCUGAAAUAACAGCUAAGCUCUAUAAUGAUGAGCCUGAUGAUACAUAUGAUUAUCAAGAAGCCUUGCAAAGACCUGAGAAGGAAUACACUAGCAGUGAUAAUGAUGAGGAGGAUGACUAUGUUCCGAAUGAUCAUUUCAAUAGAUAUGCCAAACCUUUAAGGAAAUAAUAGGUUAAUCCAGGACAUAGCAUGAGUUAUCAGAAUUUAGAUAACAAUAAUGAUAAACAGAUAAAAAUUUUAAAAAAUCCAAAUAAGUAGUAACAAUAAAAUAGAUAAAAACAAAAUGAGGAAGGAUUCAGUGAUGAUGAGGAUCAAUUUAGAAGAGAUAAUGGAAGCAGAUACAAUAAUAAUAAUAAUAAUAAUAAUAAUAAUAAUAAUAAUAAUGACAAUCGUCCUUAUUUUGAAAAGCCUAUGAAAGUAUACGUUAAGGAUAAUAAUAAUUACCAGAAUAACAAUAGUGAGUAUCAGAGAAAAAACUACAACAACAAUAAUAAUUAACAAAGAUCAGAUUAUAGAAAUAAAAAUAAGAAUUAAGAAUAUUCAAGGAAUGAUGAUGAUUGUUAUAAAAGGGACGACUACGAUCGAGAGGACAGACCUUAGGGUAAUAACGAGUAGAAGAGGGUUCUUUAAAAGGAGAGAAAUAGGGAUGGUGGCUACGUUGGAACUAACAAACCAAAAGUUUAGUAGGAAUAUGAGGAGAAGCAAGAAACUCAAUAGGGUCAACAGACCAAUUAAAAGUAGAAUAAUAAUAAUAAACAACAACAAAACAAAAAGAAUUUAAACUCGAAAGCAACUCCGUAUGAUAUUUAUGUACCCAAAGAGGAAAGUGGAAAUAACGAAUACUAAGCUUAAGAAUAGAGGUAAGAGAAGAAACAACAGAGAGGUAAAAAGAGAUAUUGA